UGUCUAUCGCAAAACUCUAUCUUAGGGCUCCAUGACCGGUCUCUAUCAUGGAUUCACUUCUCUAUUCAUGACCAUGUCCUCUACAGAGUCUUUCAAGUACGGUUUGCCAGCUAUUGCAGCCCAGAAAUGCAAUAAAACGCACUCUUUCACCUUUUCGGCAGUUCGGGUCAUGCCGACGAGCCAUGGAAAUCUGCAGAUCCUCUGGCCGGGAGUCUGGUCCUCGGGCGCUGGCUCUCGAUCAUGAAGCGCGUCAGAUUCAAUAGGUAAGCUGUAAGCUGCAUAGGGCACUUCCGCUCUCCUGUGUGCUUACAGCUUGACCUUUCAAUCCUGCACGACGAAUAGUUUAUGUUCCCCUUCAGUGAGUUCUCCACUGAACAUUAAUAUCCAUAGAAUCCGCAUAUCUUACCAAAAACCUAGUGGACUCUAUGCAGGUGGGCUUGCAUAGACCCGAAAUGAUCGCAGAACGUAAUGCUCGUCAGACCUCACCAAUCGCCCACCUCCCCGUUGAGCUCCUCAUCCAGAUCUUCGUCGACUGUGCUCAAGACUCGGAGGACGAUCCCCUCAUAGCUCUCACCAUCUCACAUGUUUGCAAAUCAUGGCGAGAGAUAGCUUAUGAUUCACCGCGCAUAUGGCAAUACCUCUCCCUUGACGAUCGCCGUCCACGUUUAUGCUCUGAAUUCCAGAUUCGUUGGUGGAUGCUGAACUCUGGGACUCUACCAAUGGAUAUCACUUUACACAUCUCUGACCAUGAUAAAUUGCUCCCUCUGAUAAUCCCUCUCUUCGAAUACAUGCCUCGCUGGCGAAAGUGCGCAUUCAGAGGCAAGAUUCAGGAGGAAAUGGAUUUCUCAGCUUACACCUCUAGCGAGGCCAAGGCGCACCUCCGGGAGUUGCGGAUCGUGAUCAGAGAUCCUUCAGACCUCGAAGAGUCUGACUUGGAGGAAGGCUCUCGUAAUUCACCAACAAUCGUGCAAGCUCCCUGUCAUAUCAAUACAUCCUCCUAUGAUAUAACAUUCCGAUGCUCCGUCCUCACGCUACCACUUCCUUCAUUGAUGACACCCUUCCAUGUCACAAAACUCGUUAUAUGCGAGAGCACGUUCGAGGGGCCUACAGAUCCCCUCCGAAUGCUCGAGUUCCUCUCAUUCUGUCCCAGCGUCGAAUACUUCCAGUACCAAGGUCUUCCUCAUGACCCAGCAUAUUCCAAUGCUGUCAUCCCAUCCAUCGUCAAGCUCCCCAAUCUCCGCACGUUUGUUAUCCAUAGUUCUUGUGCUGUGCGAACGUUACUCUCGCAUAUCGACGCUCCGAACUUGACCGAACUCCAUCUCGAACACACUAAUACGGAGUGUGAUUUUGCUACGUCCCCAGCUUAUCCAUACGCUGUGGAAGAUGGGGAUAGCGAUGAUGAAGCGGGAGACUUUUCACAAUCCCCUUGGAGCGAUCAUGCGACAGGCAUGGGUCUUCGAUCCCUCAUUCGCAGGAGUAAUCCACCGUUGGAGGUCCUCCUUAUGGACUACGCUGACAUGCGGACGAAAGACUUUCAAUGGUGCUUCAGUAGGUUGAAUCAUUUGCGGCAAUUCCGGAUCGUCGCUUCAGACAUGUCGGAUAAAGUCAUCGCGAUGUUCGCUCCCUACCGUGCACCCCGAGUUUUAACGUCACUUGACGACGACGACAUGAUAUUUGACCUGGAGCUAGACCGGCCACUACACCUCCGUCUGCCGCUGCUAUCCUCGUUGGAGUUGUGGAACUGUCAGAGGUUAUCGGGGAGGGCUAUCGUCAAAGCUCUUACGGAGAGGGUGAGGUUUACCGAUGCCGUGGCCGAUGAAGGCGUGUACAGUAGGAUGGAGGAAAUUGGGAUUGUUGGGUGUGGGGGAUUCUCGGAUAACCAUGCGCUUGAGUUGGAGAAUGUUGCUGGGAAUCGACUCAGGACAAAUUGAGUGUGAUGUACAUUGUGCGUAUCUUGCUUGCGACUUUUGUUUUGUUUGGUGUUUCUCAUUCAGUCUAUAUAGGUAUAUUUUCUUGGACACAACAUGUAUCGAUAGCAUUUCUAGAAUACCAACUGAUUGAUAUCACCGUCUUCGUGGCUUAUUGUGCCGUUGC